UGAUGAUCGAGUCAUACGCGGCGUAGGAUGAAAUGAAAUCAGGUGGUAAAUACCCGGAAGAAGAGAUGAUUAUGUCGUCGAAAAUCAAGAAAUGAUUGAUGACAUAUAUAUAUAUAUAUAUAUAUAUUGGUAAGCUGCUCUGCAUCGCUUUCAACGCCGUUGCUGAUGUUUCCAUGAGCACAAAUAUCUCUUGUUUCUCUUCUCUGAGACCUUGAAUUUCAAGAGGGGGAUUACUGUUGGAGCAGACAAUCGAGUUUGGAGUAAACUUAAAAUGUCGAGUCUGGAGAGUUGUUUUUCUCAAGUGGAAGAGAUUAGACUAUUUCCUGGUAUCUACGAUCAUCAUGGAGGGGUAACUGUGGAGAUUACUGACCGUAUGGAGUAUGAAAUCUUUGCGUCAAUUCUUCGAGCAUCUCUUCUGCAUUGGAGGAAGCAGGGGAAAAGUGGGGUUUGGAUGAAAUUUCCAAUUGAGCUUGUAAAUCUUGUUGAAGCUGCAGUUAAGGAAGGAUUUUGGUUCCACCAUGCAGAGCCAACUUACCUUAUGCUUGCCUAUUGGAUUCCCGAAGGUGUUCAUAGUCUUCCAGCAAAUGCUUCUCACCGUGUUCGUAUUGGUGCCCUUGUCGUGAAUGAUAAGAGAGAGGUAUUAGUAGUCCAAGAAAGCAAGGGUAGAUUUCAAGGGAUUUGGAAAUUUCCCACUGGAAUUGUUAAUCAGGGUGAAGAUAUUUGUGUGGCUGCAGUGAGAGAAGUCAAGGAAGAAACAGCAAUUGACACAGAAUUUGUUAAAGUUUUAGCAUUCAGACAAAACCACAGAACGUUCUUUGAGAAGUCAGAGUUAUGCUUUAUGUGCAUGUUGCAUCCUCUUUCGUUUGACAUUCAAGAGCAGGAAUCAGAAAUAGCAGCAGCCCAGUGGAUGCCAUGGGAAGAGUACAUGGCAAAACCAUCUCUCCAAGAACAUGAUUUUUGGAAGCGCAUUGUUGCUCUAUGCUUAUCAGAGGAAGAUGGAGAUUGUUCUGUGGUUUGCAACUCGAAUGUCCCACCUGCUUCUCCUCUUAAUUUCUAUGCUUAGUAUUUUAGGUUUAUAUUUAAUUAUAUUUCUAACAGUUUCACGUGUGUUUUGCUUCGAUUUUUUUUUUCAAUUUCUAGUUUAAGUUUCCACCUCUCUACUUUGGAAUCUCUAAUCACGAGGAAUAUUGCGAUCGAACAUCUUAAAAAUUAAGAAUUGAAUUCUCAUCAUUAGAGAUUUCAAAAUAGAGAGGCGGAAACCUAAACUAGAAAUUAAAUAAAAACCAAAGCAAAACACAAGUAAAAGUGUUAGAAACAUAAUUAAAUAUAAACCUAAAGUAUAAUUUGAUGUGUUUUAAGUUACCACCAACAUCACAGUGUUUCUCAAUAAGCAAUAAGAAUUGAACAUCUUAAAAGUUAAAAGUAGAGAGGUGGAAACCUACGAUUAUGUUUUGACUGUAUUUCUAUGUAACCAUCUUGCACUUGUUCUUUAAUAAACUUAUAUACAAAUAGAUUGUGUAUAGUUUCAUAUAACUGAAAGUGAAAUUAAUGGUCUUGUUCCCAACCAA